AUGGUAGCUUUAUGCAGAAGUUUUCCACUUUUAGGUUUGGUUUUGAUACCAAUUUAGUACAUAUGUUCAAAUAUUCUUUGUAACAUACUGCAAUCUGAUGCACAGUUUAAAGGACAAGUUAAGUAUUAGAAUAUCCCUAUCCUCAUAACUAAAUAUAGUUUGGUACUCCUUUGACGGUAUUUAGAUAUUUUAGAUGAGAGAGAUAGAGAGAGAGAGAGAGAUUUUAUACAAAUAUGGGAAGCCUUUCCCCCUGUUAUGACUGAGUUUUGAUGGGCUACACAUGGAUAAUUGUUAAAUAGAGUUCUUUAAAUCAAGGUUCAAGUAUGGAAGAGACUCUUGAGUUGAGAAAUGAUGUAGAAUUGGCAAUAUCAGUCUCUGAUAAGCAUCGUGACCUUUUGAGGCCAUCUGCUCGAAGUUAUUCAAUUUUUAGAGGUCAGGCAGCUGAUGCUAGUGAUCAUGAUAGAGGCAAGUACACUCUUAUUAGAGAUCCAGAUGACUUGCAAACAGGACUUUAUGACAAACCCCUUCCAUGUUUUGGAUGUGGAAUUGGAUGGUUCUCAUUUCUUGUUGGCUUUCUAUGUCCACCUCUGUGGUACUAUGCAACAAUUCUCUAUUUUGGGAACUACUAUAUGAAGGAUCCUAGGGAACGUGCAGGAUUGGGAGCCUCUGCAAUUGCUGCUUUAAUAUCCUCUGUAGCAUUGCUAAUCAUUGGAGCUGUUUUUCUGUUGCAUUCCCUCUGAUGCUGAUCCGAGUACUAUGAAAAUAUAAAGGCUAUUAAGACAGAUAUCAGAAAAAAUUGGAAGUGUAUAUAACGAUUUCAAAAUUAUGAAAGAAAAAUUUGCUUGUGGAUUACUGAUGGAGUAAAUUUAAAGGAAGAUGAUAAAUAAUGGCUUUAUUUGGUACAUUUGUGUAUAUCAUAUGUAAGUGUAAACAAAAGAAAUCUCAUGCUUUUUUUUAAUCUCACAUAUUUGUUACUGUUGAUUUUUGCCUACCAA